UCUGCCGCCAUCUUCUUGCCGAUUGAAUUGUUUUCGUUUGGUUUCCUAUGCAUUAAAACUUAACAUUUAUAUCUCAUUUCUUCACACGUUUUACUGUAAUGAGUAGAUAACAAAUCGAACAAUUGAAAUACGUUUUAAACUUAAAAAGUUUUUGAAAAAUCCGUUUAAUAUAUAUAUUUUUAUUUUAUAGAUGUUCUAACACCUAUUCUUAUUUACCUUGAUUUGUCUUCUAUAACAAUGUCUAACAUUUCGUAUGAUCUCGACACCUCCGGUGGUCUUAUGCCUUUUAUAAGGGCGAUAAUAAAGCCACCCGAUGAAGAUUUGGUCCCGCCAAAACCUAAAAAGCCUCAACAUCCAUAUUAUAAAAGACCUGGUAAGGGUCACAAUCAUGACUCCUGCGACGCAUGCGGUGAAGGAGGUGAUUUGAUUUGUUGCGAUCGCUGUCCGGCCAGCUUUCAUCUUGGAUGCUAUGAUCCACCUUUAGAGGUGAGUGAUAUCCCGACCGGUUUGUGGCUGUGUCGGGAAUGCUGUGCCUCUGAUGAGAAGCAGUCAUCAUCACGCAGCUCCAGAGCUCAAUCUCCUGCUGACAAAUCCGAUAAUGAGAAGAGAACAAGGGCUAGCACAUCAGCUAAGAAGAGGAAAGAAGAUGACAAGGAUUCAGAAGAAGAUAAAGAACCUGAAGAAGUCAGCAAGGAGCCAGAAGAAGAAAAGAAAGAACUCACACCAAUGGAAGUUCUUGUCAAUGCAGCUAAGAUUAUGAACCCUAAGCAGUUUGAGCUGCCGAGAGAAAUGAGGAUCCCAUUAAUAUUUCCGGGAACUGAAAAAGAGGGCAGUAAGAACGGCAACGCGACGGUCAUUAGCGUGGACGCGUGGGGCUGCGUGCCGCUGCCGGCCAAGGCGUGCUACGUGUGCCGCGGCACCUGCAAGUCCGCGCCGCUGCUGCAGUGCGACUACUGCCCACUGCUCUUCCACCAGGACUGUCUGGAUCCGCCGCUCACCGCGUUGCCCACAGGCCGUUGGAUGUGUCCUAAUCAUGUGGAGAAAUAUAUUGACUGGAAGUUAGUGAACUCUAUAUCUGCGACGGAGCGUGUCGCGCUGUGGGACAAGUUCUCAGCGCCGGUGGACCAGCACGCUAUCAAGAUAGACUUUAUACGCCGAGCGAGACGUGCGCGGCCUGCACUUAGGCUGAAGGCGUGGGGGUACCGCGGGCGCGUGGUGGUGCCGCAGAUGGUGCGGCUGCACUACCGCCGCCCGCCGCCGCUGCUGCCCAGCCGCCGGGAACACGUGCGGUGCCACAAUGUGUUAAAGAAGCUGCAGUCGAGCGGGUACUCGGAGGCGGAGGCGGAGGCGGAGGGGGAGGCGGCGGGACAGGCGGGCGCGAAGUACCGCAUCUGCAUGAACACGGAGUGCGCGCAGUACGCGGGCGGCGAGUGCGCGCUGCGCCCCGCCAGCGACCGCGACGCUGAUGAUGACCUGGAGGCUAUACAGCAUAAGGAAGAAAAAGCGGAUUCGUCAAGCGACUUAUCAGACUCUGAUUUCGAGUAUUUAACAAGCAAAGUGAAGCGGCGGCGCGUCUCCGCGCGCUGGGGCUGGUCCGGGCGCGCAGCUGCGGAGCGCCUGCAGCUGCGCGACGCCGGCGUGGAGCAGCUGCUGGCGGCCGUCGACAGGCACCUGCACCUGCUGGACGACCGCCUCGUCAAACUGCUCGCCUGGCAGCAGCUGCAGCAGAUAGCGUGCGGCGAAGCAGUAUGGGGGCGGUGGCGAGGGUGCGCUGGGGCGGGGCCGGGGGCGGGGGCGUGCGCGCGGCUGCUGGGCGGGGCGGAGCGCGCACGACUAGCGCGGCUGGGGGUGCGUCGUGCCGCACUACCCUCGGAGUUACUGGCGCGUGCGGACCGCGAGCGCAUCGCACGGCUGGUGUGGGGCGCUCCGCCCCCCGCCCCCGACACGCCCCCACCGCCGCCCUCGCCCGCAGCGCUGCAGCCCCGCCUGCCCGUGCGCGCGGUACUCACACCAGUACAAGUAGAAAGUGAGGAUGGGUCAGCGCGGUUCGGCGGCGGCGUGUGCAUGCGGCUGAGCAGCGUGUCUGUGGGCACGCAUGGCGACGUGCCGCUCGCACCCGCCUGCCGCCACGCCUCGCCGCACCACGCCGUCAUAUUCUGCGAUGAGGUGACGGGUCACUUCGAGUUGAUCAACUACUCAGAGUUCGGCAGCCGCGUGAACGGCGUGCUGUACACGUGCGACUGGUCGCGCGAGGCGGGGGCGGAGCGCCCGGCGGAGGGCGAGGGCGCAGCGCCCAGCCCCGCGCAGGAGGCGGAGGCCCGCGCCGCAGCGCUCAGGGACCUCGUGCGAAGUAGGCAGCCGCCACCGCGCAGGCCCAACGGAGCCCUAACUGUGCGUCCCUCUUGGGAGGAGGGCGAGGGCGAGGAGUGCCGGUGCGGGGUCUCCGCGGCGGGGGCGGGCGGCGCGUGGGAGGGCUCCGCGCUGCUGCCGCACGGCGCGCUGCUGCAGUUCGGCUGCUGCCGGUACGUGUUCAGCAUCGCCAGUGAUGAACAAUGACAAGGCACUCAAAUCACUGAACAUACGGCAUGUUCAGUCUUGUCAAUAAUGAGCAUAUAAGUGUUCAGUCUCGUCAACAAUGAGCAAAUAAGAGUUUAAUCUUGUUAAUGAACAACACUGAACAUGUAAUGUGCUCGGUCUCAAUAAUGAGC